UCAGAAUUCAGACAAAAACCAAGAAUCAUAAUCCAUAUCUGACAGUAUUAAGUUGCAGAGCUCAAACAUGUCUCUCUUACAAUCCCUCCUCGGCCAAAACAGCCUUCUUGAUUCUUUCUGGGGUAAUUCCUUCUUGGACACCCCAGAUGCUCAAAUGGACUGGAAGGAAACCCCACAUGCUCAUAUCUUCCACAUCGAUCUUCCAGGCCUUAGAAAGGAGGAUGUGAAGCUAGAAGUUCAUGAGGGCAGUGUGCUACACAUAACAGCAGAGAGAAAAGAGGAGGCGGAGGCGGAUGAGAAAGGGGUGAAGUGGCAUUGCAGGGAGAGGAGAGUCGGGGCCUUCUCGAGGGAGUUCCGGUUGCCAGAAAAUGUGAAGGUUGAUGAGAUUAAGGCUUCAAUGCAUGAUGGGGUGCUAACUGUGACCGUGCCUAAAGAUGAACACAAAAAGAAGACUAAACAACACAAGGCUGUUGAGAUUGCAGGGGAUGCAGAACAAAGCCAUGCUUCUAAAGGACUUGGCCGUUUUGUGUGCUGCAAAGCUUGAACUACCAGUAAACUACUACUUGAUUAUUCCACUUUGAUGCAUUGAAUUUAAGGCCUUUUGGUUCUGUGACUUUUUAUUUUUUGUAUGUGUGUGUGUGAGAAUUUUGUGAGGGGUAAUUUGUUUAAAUUGUGCAUGGUGUGUAAGGAUAAUGCAUGUAAGCUUGCUGGUGUGGCUGUGAAUAUGGUUGCUUUAUAAAAAUGCAAGUAAAAG